AUGGAGAAAGGCUAAGAGAAUAAGCUGAAGGUCACGGCCGAAGCUUUAAAGAAACUAGAUCUUAAAGAGUUUCAGUAUCACAAGAAAACAGUAGAAGACGUAGUCUAGGGGCUUUAGACUAAUUUAACAACUGGACUCUCUGUUGAGGAGGCCAAGGAGCGUCUUCAAAAGUAUGGUCAUAACCAACUUGAUAAAGAGGAGGAGGAGUCACUGUUCGAGAAAAUCAAAGAAUAAUUUGAGGAUUUGCUAGUUAGAAUCCUGCUUCUAGCUGCUGUCGUCUCAUUUGUCAUCGCCUUAACUGGAGAUCAUGAUGAAGGAAUUACUGCAUAUGUUGAGCCUUUCGUUAUCUUGACUAUCUUAGUCGUUAAUGCUGUUAUUUCAAUCUGGCAAGAUUCAAAUGCCGAUAAGGCCUUAGAGGCUCUCAAGCAAAUGCAAGCUCUUGAGUGCAAAUUAUUAAGAAAUGGAGCAUGGUCUAUUCAUGACGCAAAAGAACUAGUCCCAGGAGAUAUUGUCGAAGUUAAAAUUGGAGAUAGAAUUCCAGCCGAUCUCAGAAUCGCAUAACUGAACUCAGUAUCACUUCAAGUUGAAGAGGCACCACUAACUGGAGAAUCAGUAUCAGUCCAGAAGGUUACUAAACCAAUGCCAGAGUCAGCUCAACUCCUUCAAGAUUAAAAGAACAUGCUUUUCUCAUCAACUGUUAUUAACUAUGGUUCAGCUGUUGGAGUAGUCGUCUACACUGGUAUGUAAACUGCCAUUGGUAGAGUUUAAGAGGAGGUAGCUGGUGCUGCUGAGGAAGAGGAAGACACUCCCUUAAAGAAGAAGCUCAACGCUUUUGGAGAGCUCCUUUCAAAGAUUAUUGCCAUUAUUUGCUUCCUUGUUUGGAUCAUGAACUUCAAUAAUUUCUUCGAUAAGAUGCACGGAUCACCCCUCAAAGGAUGUAUCUACUAUUUCAAAAUUGCUAUCGCUCUUGCAGUCGCUGCUAUCCCAGAAGGUCUCCCAGCUGUUAUCACAACUUGCCUUGCACUUGGAACUAGAAAGAUGGCUGCUAACAAUGCUAUUGUUAGAAGAUUACCAUCUGUUGAGACACUUGGAUGCACAACAGUUAUUUGCUCUGACAAGACUGGAACCUUGACAAAGAAUCAAAUGUGUGCUGUUAAAUUCGCCUAUAUUGGAAACGGAUUGAAUGAUCUUAAAUCAUUUGAUAUUGAAGAGAGAUCAUAUAGUCCUGAGGGUCAAGUAAUGAAAAUGAAUAGUGAUUUGUUCGAAAAGGUUGCUUCAAUUAGAGAAAUUGCUGCAGUUUGUACUUUAAAUAACAAAUCAGAUAUUGUUUACGAAGAAAGUAAUUUUGCCAAGCAAGGUGAGCCAACUGAAGCUGCUCUUAAAGUUGCUGCUGAGAAACUAGGUCAAUAUGACAGAAGUCUUGGCAAUGUUGACUAUAAGAAAUCACCAACUGCUUAUGCUACUCAGCUUAAAAGGACCAUCAAGACUAUCGCUUCUUUAGAUUUUACCAGCGAGAGAAAGACCAUGUCAACUGUGGUAAAGGGACUAGGGGGUAACUAGAAUAAUUGCCUUUUGCUCAAGGGUGCUCCAGAGAGAGUUAUCGAGAAGUCAAAGACUUAUAAAAAGGAAGAUGGCUCAGUUCAAGAAUUCACUGAGGCUGAAAAGAAGAAACUUAUCGAGCAAAUCCAAGGCUAUGCCAAGGAGGGACUUAGAGUUUUAGGUGUAGGUAUCCUUUAUGGAGCUGGAAGUUUAUCUGAUUUAAAUGAGAACAACCUAGAGCAAAAACUCAGCAAUAUUGAACAAUACGGAGAACUCGAAAAGGGAGGUACUUUCUUAGGUAUUGUCUGCAUUAAGGAUCCAGUAAGAGAAGAAGUUAAACAAGCAAUCAGUGAUUGCAAAACUGCUGGUAUUAGAGUUAUUAUGAUCACUGGAGACUCAAAAGAAACUGCAGUUGCUAUUGCAAAAGAAAUCAAUAUCAUUGACAAAGAUGGACCAAACACUAGCUUCACAGGCACUGAAUUCGAAUAGUUAAGUCACGAGUAAAAGAAAGCUGCACUCGGUGGAGUAGGAGGUAAAGUUUUCUCAAGAGUCGAACCAAGACACAAGAGAGAACUUGUUAAGCUUCUUAUUGAGAUGGUAAGAAUAUUUUUUAAUCUAACUCAUUUAUAGAACCAAAUCGUCGCUAUGACUGGUGAUGGAGUCAAUGAUGCUCCAGCCUUGAAGCAAGCUCAUAUUGGAAUCGCUAUGGGUAUUACUGGAACUGAGGUAGCCAAGGAAGCUUCAGAUAUGGUUUUAGCUGAUGAUAACUUCGCUACCAUUGUUAAGGCUGUUGAAGAAGGCAGAGCCAUCUACAGCAAUAUGAAGGCUUUCAUCAGAUAUCUGAUUUCAUCAAACAUCGGUGAGGUCGCCAGUAUUUUCUUAACUGCUAUGCUUGGUGUACCUGAAGGUUUCACUUCAGUCCAACUUUUAUGGGUUAAUCUCGUCACUGAUGGUCCCCCAGCCACUGCUCUUGGAUUCAACCCACCUGAUAAGGACAUUAUGAAACAACCACCAAGAAGUGCUGACGAUCAACUAAUUAGUGGAUGGGUGUUCUUCAGAUAUAUGGUUAUUGGUAUUUAUGUCGGUUUCGCUACAGUCGGAGUCUUCAUUUACUGGUAUCUUUAUGCUGAAACUGGAGAUGGCCAUUCUCAUGUUACUUGGGAACAACUAUCAAACUGGAGCGAGUGCCCAUCAUGGCCUGCUGGCAGCUUAACCGUUCAAAACUACGGUGGACUCGACUUUUCAGCCAAUCCUUGUGAAUACUUCACUAGAGGCAAAGUAAAGGCUAGUACUCUCAGUCUUUCAGUACUUGUUUUGAUUGAGAUGCUUAACGCUCUUAAUGCCCUCUCAGAGGAUAACUCACUUCUUGUUAUUCAUCCAUUUGUUAACCUCUGGCUCAUCGCUGCCAUCAUAGCAUCAAUUGGAAGUCACAUGUUCAUCCUUUACGUACCAGUUAUGAAUCAAAUUUUCGGCAUUACUCCACUUAAUUUUGCAGAGUGGCAAUUAGUUAUCGCCUUCUCAGUUCCAGUCAUCUUGAUUGAUGAGGUCCUAAAGUUCUUCGGAAGAAUCAUGAAUGCAAAUGAACUUAAAAAGAGAAUGGCUCUAUUAGCUGAUGACAAGAAAAAGUAGUGA